AUGUUGAGAGAGGGAAGGAGAGUUGACGGGGGGCUGUGCGUCGACGGCGGCAAGAAUACGAUAAAUAGCAGAGGGGGGUGGGAGAGAGGGGAGAGGCGUGUGUAUGUUGGCCAGGAGGAGGAGAGGGAGGAGGAGAGGGAGGAGGAGGAGGAAAAGGAGGAGGAGGAGGAGGAGGAAGGGAUAGCAACGGUGGAUCUGAGCGUGUCACUCGUCCGCGUCCGUCACGCGAUGGAUGAUAGUCCCGACGAAACUGACUGUGAUCAUUUGUUGACGCCUUUAUUUCUCUCCGCACCAUCCUCCCAACCCGGCUGCGCACAUCGUCGCUAUCCUCUUUCGGCACCCUUCCCCCUCCCACCCCGCACCUCCCACCCCCUCCCAUCCCUCCUCCUCCCCAUCCUCUCCUGUCUGCUCUCGGCGUAUGUGCGGUCCCCAAUAGCAUCCGACAUCGCAAACCGGGCGCCCGUCCUAUUCCCAUCUUACACCAUUUCGAACAUGAGGCCGCAACGAAUCCUGUUCACUCGACGACUCGGUCCACCCUCAAACGUGCCCAUCUCGGCCUUCUUCGUCAUGGCUUACAUCCCCGCUUCGAUCAUUUCCGUGCCUGCUGCGAGCGCUAUUACUCCACCUCUUCCUCCCUUGCAAGCCUCCUCUCAAUAA